CCGGCGUCGCCCGUUGACGUCAACGCGCGGGCGGCAUUUAUAACGGGCGCUCCGUGCGCGUGCCACUCCCCUCCUCAGGACGAAGCCGUCACUCGAGGCCGGCCGCCAUGUUCAACAAGAAGACGAUGGUGCUCUAUUGCGGCGGCUCCCCAGGAUUGGCACCGGCCGCCCCUCAGUCCCCCGGAGGCGGAGGCGGCGGCGGCGGAGGAGGCGGCGGAGGAGGAGGCGAGGGCAGCCUGGCUCUCCUCCCCGGCGGCGUUCGAGGAGCCCUGAGCGGGGGGCUGUGCUGGCCUCCCGCCGGCUGCGCUGAGGGGCCUCGAGCGCUGAUUGGCGGAGGGUCGCGCGCAGGGCCCCUCUCGCUGAUUGGGCCCCCGGACGCGGCCGCGCGCGCGCUGAUUGGCCAGGAGGCGCCGCCGGCGACCCCCGAAGAGGAGCUGGACGGCUGCGAGCCCGAGGCGGAGACCGGAGCGGAGCCUUCCGCCGCCUCUUCCUCUUCCUCCGCCCCGCCGUCGCCCGGGGACCCGCUGCGCCAGGUGACGCUGCAGCUGGUGGCCUCGUACCUGCGAGAGGCGGCCGACCAGGAGCCCCCCAAGCAGGACGGCUGCGGCGGCGGGAAGUUCCUGCAGGGCCUGCUGGGCCGCUUCGGUCCCUGCCCCGCCGAGGCGGAGACGGCGGCUCGGGCCCUGGAGACGUUGCGGAGGGUCUGCGACGACAUCAUGGAGAAGCACCAGCUGGCCUUCCAAGGUGGGCGGCUAACCCCCCCCCUUCCCCGGUACUCCCCCCCCCUUAGUGCUGCAUUGGUGCUCCUGAUGGGGCUUGUAGUCCAAGAGGGGGUCUCCCCCUCGCAGCGGAUGCGUGCAAAUACUGAGGAAGUGCCCUGCAAGCAGGAUGGGCCUAGUUCGCCCCCACCAUGGGAUUGCAGGG